AACUCUCUCUACGCGCCAGACGAAUGUUUCGUCUCCCUCUUUUCACAGACGCGAGUUUCGCAUUCUCUCUGUGCAUUUGGAGCUUUGAUUCAACGGAGAACGACUCGAUGGCUAGUGAUUCACCCAAUAGCUCAACCGAUUCAUUGCAAUGUGGGCACAAAGGCGAGUCUUCCAUUGCAGGCAGUUGCUCCUCUGUAAUCUAUAUCCAGCACUAAAAAUGUGUUUUUUUUCCUUCUCCUUUCUCCAUUCAAAGGCCUUUUUCCUGUCAAUCUUAGCUACAAACUGCAAGGAGCAGUCACUUCUGGAGCUCCGAAUGGCGGUAAAGUUUUUCUGUGAACUGAGAUGCCUUUCUCAAGCGUUACUAGAGUAAAUUUUGUUGGGUUUGUUCAAGGAAACAUCAAUGAAACCACGCUAUGUUCAUUUUAUUCUUCCAAAGGUGACGGGUCUGUGUAUUUUUCGACGAUUGGUUUAGUUUAAUAAGGCUUUACUGCGUUACUUUUGUUUGGUUUUGUUAGAGAAACCAUUUUUGAAAAAAGAGGAUGUUCAGUUUAUUCUUUAAGAGAAAAUGGGUCCGUGUAUAUUCCAGUAAUUGGUCUAGUUUUAAUAGGUUUUGGGCCUUCAUCCCAUUUUACUGUUAUGGGAUGAAGCCCACUUUGCUCCCUAAACAUGUGGCUGUUGUUGUUAAAUACCAGAGAGACCCUCUCAGAGCUCUUGAAAUGUUCAAUUCAGUUAAGAAAGAAGAUGGGUUUACUCAUACAUUGUUAACUUAUAAGUGUAUGAUAGAAAAACUUGGUUUUCAUCGAGAAUUUGAAGCCAUGGAAAAUCUUCUGCAGGAGAUGAGAUUGAAUGUUCCUUCAAAUUUUUUAGAAGGGGUUUACAUUAAUGUUAUGCGAUACUAUGGAAAGGCUGGGAAGAUCCAAGAGGCAGUGAACACAUUCGAAAGAAUGGAUUUUUUCGAUUGUGAACCCUCUGUUGGAUCUUAUAACACAAUUAUGAACAUUUUGAUUGAGAAUAAGUAUUAUGACCAAGCCCAUAAAGUGUACUUACGAACGAUAGAUAAGGGGAUCUCCCCUGAUGUGUAUACUUAUACAAUUAGGAUUAAAUCCUUUUGUAAAACAAAAAGGCUUCAUGCCGCUCUUAGGCUUCUAAGAAACAUGCCCGAAUUCGGUUGCAAAUUGAAUGCAGUGGCAUAUUGUACCGUAGUUGGUGGUUUAUAUGAAGAGAGUUCUUGUGUUGAAGCCAGUAAAUUGUUUGAUGAGAUGCUCAAGCAAGAGAUAUAUCCUGAUAUAGCUACAUUUAACAAGCUUUUAUUUUCCCUGUGCAAGAAUGGUGAGGUUCAAGAAAGUGGUAAGCUCCUUAACAAGAUGUUAAAGAGGGGGAUCUCUCCUAAUCUCUAUACUUUCAAUAUGUUCAUUAGGGGCCUUUGCCAAGAAGGGAAACUAUUGGAGGCUGCCCAUUUAUUUGAUCUUAUGGAAUUAAAGGGAUUGAAUCCUGAUGUUGUUUCUUACAACACACUGAUAAGUGGGUUGUGCAAGGCCUGUCAAGUUGUGGAAGCUGAGACUUAUAUUCAUAAAAUGGUUGAGGCAGGAUUGGUCCCUAAUGAUUUCUCAUAUAACACUGUUAUUGAUGGGUAUUGUCGAAUAUGCAUGAUUGAAAAUGCUUCUAGGCUUCUUAGAGAUGCAGUUUUUAAAGGUUUCGUCCCUGAUCGAAUCACAUAUGCUUCUCUGAUAAAUGGGCUAUGCGAGGAAGGUGACCUGAAGAGAGCUAUGGAACUUUUUAACCAGGCUUCUGAUAAAGGAUUGAAACCUGAUAUCAUAACAUAUAAUACACUUGUUAAGGGCCUCACAAGGCAAGGCCUUAUAAUGGAGGCGGCUAAGUUGGUGAACGAAAUGUUAGGUGGUGGUUGCAAGCCAAACAUGUGGACUUAUAACAUAAUUAUUAAUGGGUUAUGCAAAAGGGGAAAGGUCAUUGAUGCCCAUGGCCUCAUGAAUGAUGCUAUAAUGGAGGGUUUUAUUCCUGAUGCUUUUACCUUCAACACACUGAUCGAUGGUUACUGUAAGAGUUUAAACUUGGAUAAAGCGUUGGAGAUUGUAGAGAGAAUGUGGACCCAUGAUGUAGCUCCUGAUGUAAUCACUUAUAAUUCAAUGUUGAAUGGCCUUUGCAAGGCUGGUAAAAUGAAUGAGGUAAUGGAAACAUACAAGGGAAUGCUGGCAAAAGGUUGUGUUCCUAAUGUUAUCACCUAUAAUAUAUUGAUAGAGAGCCUUUCUAAGGGGCAUAGAGUCAAAGAAGCUUCUGACCUCCUUGAAAAGAUGGGAAAUGAUGGGCUAACCCCUGAUGUUGUUAGUUUUAGCACUUUAAUUCAUGGCCUUUGUGGAAAUGGUGAUCUCGAAGAGGCCUAUCAGCUAUUGGGGAAGAUGGAACAGGUUAAAGUCACACCCACUGUUGCCACAUUUAACAUCCUGAUCAAUGCAUUUUGUGAGAAGCUCAAGGUUCAGAUGGGGGAAAGGAUCUUUCACGAGAUGGUUGACAAAGGUCUCCAACCUGAUUCUUUCACAUAUCGUGUUCUUAUUGAAGGCUUUGUUAAGACUGGAAAUGUUGAUUGGGCUUAUAGAUUCCUUCUGGCGAUGAUUGAUAUGGGUCUUUUGCCAUAUAUGAGUACAUUUGGACAAGUAAUUGACUGCCUCUGCAUAAACCAUAGAGGCCCUGAUGCUGUUAAUAUUAUCCGCAUCAUGGUGAAGAAGGAGAUAGUUCCAGAUGUUGUGAAUUCAAUUUUUAAGGUUGAUAAGAAGGAGGUGGCAGCGCCCAAGAUCCUUGUUGAGGAAAUGCUAAAGAGGGGGCAUAUAACUUAUCAUUCUUAUGAACUUCUAUAUGAUGGUAUUAGAGAUAAAAAGCAAUUGAAAAUGAGGCAGAAUAAGAAGCGUGCCCAUUAGCCCACUAAGUGAAAUGUCAAUUGAUUGUUUUAAGGAGCUAAUGCAGAUGCAAUGCUGAUUUGGUUCCCCUCUAAAGGCGCCAACCAACAAUAUGCUUUAGACUGAUUUAUGGAUAGAAAUCUGGCUAAAUGGAUGAUAAUUGCAAGCAAGUUUGUCUACUUUUGGCCUUAACCUCCAAGGUACUACUCAGCCCAUGCCCUAGGUGAUCCUUCCGUGACAAUUGAAGAUGUUAUUCCACCUGUUUUUCCUUCUGGACAACUAUUCCCUUUUGAUGUUUAACGUGAUAAAAUUGAAUAUUUUACUUGGUUCUACCAUUGUAGAAAGUAAACAAAUUUUAGUUAUUUUUGCAGCAAGGAUCGUUUUGGCUUUCGAGUGGAAUACUUAUUCUGUUGUCAAUAUGUGACAUAGCGUCCUCAGAUGAAUAUAACCGGCAAUGUUGAGUUAGAUUGGUCCUUUGCUGCAUCAAAACAUGAUUCUCUAUUCUUUAAUCCAAUAAGGUGGAUUCCCCUACUGAUCUUUUGAAGCCCAUUAAAGUGGGGAAGUCAUCUGGUUUGAGAGCAGGGCAACAAUGUUUAGCCAUCGGAAAGCCAUUUGGUUUUGACCACACUUGACAGUGGGGGUUAUAACUGGAUUAAAUUGAGAAAUUUUUGGUCAAACUGGAGUUACAAUUGGCUGUGGUAUUUAGACUGAUGCAGCCAUCAAUCCAGGAAGCAGUUGAUGGUAGUUGUGGUCCCUUGCUAGACUCCAGAGGAAACAUGGUUGGGAUUAAGACAGCAAUAUUUACUCAGACAGGUUCCGAAGAACAGUGUUGCUGCUCAAGCAGGAUUGCUUCCUAAGAAGAGAGGAUUUGCAGAUGCAAGCAAAGCUGAGUUGUCAAAGGUCUUGGAGGGACAAAGUGAUGGUAAAGAUAAAGAGGAUGAAUGAAGAAUUAUUUCUGCUUCUAGUUUUAGAAGAGAGGCCUAAUUUAUCCCAGCCAGUUGUGGAAGUACUCAGGAGGCGUCCAUGCUUCUCUGGCUGAAAAAACUGUGUUUGUUACCUGGAUUUCUGAAAUUUGGGGCUAAAAAUGGAUAAAAUUUCAUAGUGAUGGUUUGGUGUUAAAACUCUC